AAAAAAGAUUAAAAAACAAUAAUAAUUAGUAUAACAAAUAUAGGCCUUUAAGAAUCCAGAAUUUUUUAAGAAAAAUAUGGGUCCAAAAAGGAAUAAGGGAGAAAAAUUAAGUUUAAGUGAUUUUUUAAGUGGUUCAAACUGGGCAGAUGAAAUGGAGGAUAUGCCAAUUGCACCUUUAAUAGAAGGAAAAGAGACUAAAGCUAGUUUUUAUGAGCGUGAUUAUAAUGAUGGAGGGUAUAGGAAAGAUAUUGAGAUAUCUUAUAAACAUGAUCGUUCAUCAAAUAAAGAAGAAAUACAAUUGCCUAAGGAACCUCCGUAUACGGCGCAUUUAGGAAAUCUUUCUUUUAAUAUUACAGAGUCAGAAAUUUCGAAUUUUUUUGGGGAACCUUUUAUUACUAAUAUAAGACUUAUGCGUGAUCGAAUAGAUGAUAGGCCUAAAGGGUUCGGUUAUGUUGAAUUUACUGAUUUGCAAGCACUUGUGAAUGCAAUAUCUUUAAACGGAAAAACGUUAAGUGGUAGAGCGAUAAAAAUUAGUGUUGCUGAACCUCCUCGAAAGGGAUAUAUAGAUCGAGAACCUGUUGAGGAUAGAACUGCUGGGGAAUGGAGACGUACAAGUUCUCUUCCUCUUUCCGAAUCUUCAUAUGAAAAACGAUCUACAUAUGAACGAAGAGGUCAUUUUGGAAACAAUGAUAGGACACAUAAUUUCAAUGAUAAUCCUAGGGAUUUUUCGAACUGGGAAUGUAAAGGGCCAUUACAAGAUUUACCAGAGUUAGAUUCAUUUACGAAAAAAAGAAGUCAUCUAAGUUCUAAUAGAAGAAAUGGGGACAAAUAUAGAAAUUUUGGGUUUGGUGAUCGUAGUUAUGGAAAUAGUUUUAAUAGUACCGGAACAACUAAUAUAGGUGAGCGUCCAAAAUUAGUUCUCAAGCCUAGAGGAGAGAAAUUAGAAGAACCUCCUCAAACACUUAAGCCUUCAACAAAACCUAAUCCAUUUGGUGAUGCACGUCCUGUAGAUUCUGGUGCUCGUAUUCGAGAAAUUGAGGAAAAAGAACAAAAGAGAAAGGAAGAAAGACAGGCAUCUGAAGAACAAAAAGGUUUUGGACGAGAGAAAAUAUUAAAAGAUCCUUCCUAUAAAUCUGAUAAGACUGAUAAAAAAGAAAGGAAUAGAAGGAAUCAUUCCUUAGACUUUAAGUAUGACAAAACUGAAAAAAAUAAAGACCAUAAGGCACAAAACUAUAAAAUACAGUCAGUAAAUUCAUCAAAAUCUACCAAUUCUACUAUUACACUUGAAACAGAAAUCAAUAUAGAUGGCUGGUCCACUGUCAAUAAGCUAUCUAGAAAACGAUAA